UAUAUAAUGCAGAGCCUGACCGGAGGCGUUCGCGGAAGUUUCUAGAGAAUGCGGCCGCAGGUGAUUGCCGACGAGGGAGACGACGGUGCUUCUCCGCCGACGGCCGCUAUGAAAAGCAGAUCGCCGGGCGGCGUCUGCGGCGGCGGAUGGAGAGUGACCCCAACGAUGGAUAACACGGAGGAAACGGCCGGUGUUGCAGUGGUGGAAGUAGAGAAGCUUUUCCCAAAUGGCGACAUCUACAGCGGUGAGUUCGUGGCGAACGUUCCACACGGCCGCGGGAAGUUCAUCUGGAUCGACGGCUGCAUGUACGAAGGCGAGUGGCGGAAUGGGAACGCCGCUGGAACGGGAAAGUUCUCCUGGCCUUCGGGCGCGAACUAUAAUGGAGAGUUCAAGGGAGGGAGGAGGGAGGGGUACGGAACCUUCAUUGGCGCCAAUGGAGAUUCAUAUCAGGGAUCGUGGAGUGCCGAUCGGAAGCAAGGAUACGGGAAGAAAUCGUAUGUGAAUGGAGAUUUCUAUGAAGGGCAGUGGAGACGGGAUCUCCAGGAAGGGCAGGGGCGAUACCUGUGGAGCAACAAGGCUCAAUACGUUGGUGAGUGGCACAAUGGGAUGAUCUCCGGCCGAGGAGUGCUUAUCUUGGCUAAUGGAAACAUGUACGAUGGUCGCUGGGAGAAUGGUGUGCCUAAAAGGAGUGGCGUCUUUGCUUGGCCGGAUUGCAGCUGUUAUUUGGGAAGCUGGAUUAACGAUCCCAGGAGUCAGCAGCAGAUCAACGGCGUAUCGUGCACAGCUUCCCUGGCGUCAAGUGAGCGACCAUUAGCAGAUUGGGCUUUUCCGAGGAGCAGCGAAGGGGCGAAUGACAUCUCAUUAAUCUGCUUGAGGGAGUCUGAUGGCGAGGCAGGGGACAUCAACUGCGAAGUUAUGGACACCAUGAAUACCUCCAUGCUUUACGAGAAUGGGUCGGAGUUUGGUGAGGGGGUCGAAGUUUCUGGGAAGCUUCAGUUGCGGAGUAAUUGUUGUUUAACCACGGGUGAGGUGAAGAAGCCGUGGCAAACAAUAUCGAAGGGGCAUAAGAGCUACGAUCUGGUGCUUAAACUUCAAUUAGGCAUCAGAUUUUCUGUAGUCAAACCUUCUUCUAAGCAGUCAAUGAAGCUCUGGCCAAGCGAUUUUAAUCCACGAGAGAAGUUUUGGACUAGGUUUCCACCCGAGGGAUCGAAGAUUACACAUCCACACCACUCUUCAGAGUUCAGAUGGAAGGACUACUGCCCUAAGGUCUUCAGAGAUCUGAGGAAAUUGUUUGGUGUGGAUCCAGCGGAUUAUGUAAAUGCCAUUUGCGGUACUGAUUAUCUUACAGAGCUAUCUUCCCCUGGCAAAAGUGGGAGUUUGUUCUUCCUGACUCAGGAUGAUCGUUUCAUCAUAAAAACAGUGAGAAAGUGUGAAGUAAAGAUUCUUAUUAGGAUGUUAUUGAAUUAUUACCAACAUGUUUGCAAGUAUGAGAAUUCUCUCCUCACAAAGUUCUAUGGCGUGCAUUGUGUAAAGCCCAUUGGAGGACAUAAGGUUCGUUUCAUUGUGAUGGGCAACCUACUCUGCUCAGAGUAUGGAAUUCAUAGGCGGUUUGACCUGAAAGGCUCAUCUCAUGGCAGAACUAUUCAAAAGAGGGAGGAAGAGAUAGAUGAAACCUCUACUUUGAAGGAUCUGGAUCUUAACUUUGUAUUCCACCUACAAAAGCCUUGGUUCAAGAACAUUAUGUGGCAAAUUGAGCGAGAUUGUGAAUUUCUGGAAGCAGAGGGCAUAAUGGAUUAUAGUCUUUUAGUAGGAUUUCAUUUCAGUGAUGAUUUAUCUGAUUCUAAGAUGGAAACAUGCCCUGCUAGAUACAUGGAUGGUCGAGAGGAUCUGAUUCAGCUGGGCGCAAACGUGCCUGCCAGAGCUGAGCAUGUUUAUCAAGGAAGCAACUUUGAACACUUACCUUCUGCAGGUGACAAAUUUUACAAAGUGGUCCUAUAUUUUGGAAUAAUUGACAUCCUUCGUGACUAUAAUUUCAGCAAGAAAUUAGAACACGCUUAUAAAUCUUUGCAAGUUGAUCCCUCCUCCAUCUCAGCUGUGGAGCCAAACCUCUACUCCAGAAGAUUUCGUGAUUUCAUCAGCAGAGUCUUUGUGGAAGAUGAUUGAUCUCAAAGUAAGUGAACUAUGCACUUUUUUUUGUUGGUCAAUCUAAUGAAAUACAAACGCAGAGAGAUUUAAUGGAAAAAAAAUUGGCUCAGGAUAUUUGUAUGAUGUAUUUCGAAACCAUUAGAUUUACUUUGAGAUAAGUGUAGUAUAUAUACAUUAAUUUUUUUUAUAUUGCACUCAUCUCAGAGCAAAUACGAAAUGAUUUUGAUGCUCAUCCUAUAUCCUAACCCAAUUUUGUUUUCCAAAAUAAGAAUUGUUGUAAAUAUUAUGAUUAAAUUUGAUUAUGGUGUGUUUUAAAAUUCUUGAU